CAGAAGGUUGAGACAUUUUUUUGAAGCCAUAUAGAAUGAAUGAUUGGGCUGCUCCACUCAUAGCUGCUGCGCUGUUUGCAUUUCUGUCACCAGGGUUAGUCCUGCAACUCCCUGGGAAGAAUCAACCCAUUGAUUUUAUGAACAUGAAGACUAGUGUGGCUGCCAUAUUUGUGCAUGCGGUUCUCUAUGCUUUGUUCCUGAUCCUGUUUCUUGUUGUUCUUCAUGUCCACCUCUAUGUCUAAGAAAAGGGUUACUCAGUAAACUUGUGCCAGGCACUUUCUACUUGUCAGCAUGAGAUUUUCAUUUGGUACUGUGUUAUUCUUAGUUCUAAUUUGUUGUGUGAUCCAUGAAAAUCUUGCUUUCCACCGAUGUAGAAAAAUAUUCGAUAGGGUUCAUUAGCUUUUGUAAUUUUGUUGCAAGUAGUGAAUUUUAAGAUGAGAAGAAAUACUUAGCUGUGAUCAGUGCAGUUAUCUUGGCUGAUGUUCU